AUGAUGACCAUGAUCCGCCGGGAUGUUCUGGAAUCAGCGAUAACAGAAGCACGUGCAUGGGCUACUGCACAAACGGGAGAAAUAAUUGGACCAAUGGCUAGGGUCUCAUAUCCACGGACUGAGAUCGAGGGUGAAUGGUGCCAAAUAGAUGGAGCAUGGAAAGACACAGAGUGUCGAGCGGGUCUUGGUUGGUAUAACUUUGAUCCCGCGUCAUGGUUCAAUCUUGAUUGUUCAGAGUUGGUAACCAUGGUGUCAAAACCUCAGGACUGGCCGGCUUUUGCGAUUUUGCUUGAAGAGGUGGAGAAGUGCAAAAGGAGUUUCCAGGCGUUCUCUCUAACUCAUAUCCCAAGGACGAAGAACACGAAGGCGGACAAGCUAGCACGGAGUGCUCGAGAUCAGCCUUAUGACGUGUAUUAUGUAAACACAGUUCCACCGGUCACGCUUCCCGUGCCGAAUUAG